AUCGAGAUCACGGCCAACACCAUGAAAGUACACCACCAUGGCACAUAUUGCGAGACUUGGUGCUCUCACCGAGGAGCUGGUCACGCUGAUAACUUCGACAUCUCCAAAGGUAGACACCACUUUACUUUGUUUUCAAGGACCUUCUCUGCUCGUUGCGCGCCAAUGUGGGACUAAUACCACCAUAGAACGAUCCUGCCCGAUUUAGCGCGCAUCGAGAGUCUGCCCUGCGCGCCUUGCGCAACAGCAACUACCUUCGAACGAACCAAUUCGAUGUUUACAAUCAACUGGAAGGACUGGAUGAGAAGUUUCGCGUUUACGAUGAGGAUGAUCUCGCGGAUGCGCUCAAGAAAAGGGUCGAUUACGUCCAGAAGUCGCAGUCCAAGUGGAAUCCUGAGAUAUUGCAUCUACUCUUGGAAUUAUCUGAUAGGCCCCUGAUAAACUCGAAAGUCAAAGACUUGGACCUUUUAAGGAGACCAGACAAAACCGAGCCACCAUUACGAUGGAAAGAUCUUAUCGCCGAGGAUCCCCUUCUUAGGGAAAAACGCAUAUGGCAGAAUGUAGAUUUUGCUGCUGAGAGUUCGGAUGAUGGGUUUGAGGAUAGCGCGAGCGAAGGAAGCGAAUUGACAGAGCAAACAACCCAGUCGAGUGUAGACCAAGCCUCAGGCAGACGACUAGAUGAUUAUAUUGUGGAUGUUGCAAACAGGGAAAGUCUAUUGAAGCUCCGAGAUACCCAAUUCUGGCUGAAGAAUCCAAGUGUUGGUGGAGUCAAGUUGGAUACGGUGAAGAAGUCUCUCACGGAACUUCAAGCCAUUCGGGAAGUCCUCUUUAUGUUGUCCGGUAUGCCGACUUCGCUGUUUGAAACACAAGCUCAGUCGGAUGAUAUCAAACCCUCCAAAAGCUACGCUCUGAAGCAUUGCUCACACGAGGCAUUCUAUAAGAUUAUCAGAUCGUUCGCAGAACAGGGGUCAACUAUCAAGUACCUGAGAUCUUGGGCACAACGACCUCAGAGCAUACCUUUACUCCAGGUAUUCCAAGGUUCUAUAUUAACAAGAGUUGCUAACUUCGAUCGUCAUCUAAGUCAGCUGCAAGCGAAAUUUCUGGAAAUGAAAACCGAUUUAGUGAUAAGCCUCGUUCAAAUUCAGGCCGAGAUCGCAACAGGUGUGGAUUUGCUCCUCAAGCUUUCUUCUCUUGUCAAAAUAUUAGAGGCAGAACCAUAUGCACAUGCGUUCCGGUACCUGGAGAUGUUGUUUGAUGAGACAUGCAUUGCACAGAUGAUUGGUGAAAUGGAAACAUACGAAUACUUGGGCACCAUAUUCUUUGAAUGUUUCCAAGUAUACCUGCGCCCUAUCAGAGUCUGGAUGGAAGAAGGAGAGUUGAGCACAGGAGACAAGGUCUUCUUCAUAUCCGGAGCCGCGGGGGAAAUUGACUUGGUCUCUAUUUGGCAAUCUCGUUUCAAGCUUCUUCAGACCCAAGACGGUGUUCUACAUGCCCCCAAGUUUCUUCGAGCUGCUGCAAGCAAGAUAUUCACGACUGGAAAAAGUGUCGUGGUGCUCAAGCAACUCAAUCAAUUUUCCUCAAUGAGUGACAUCGAUAAGCAAAUGGAGCCAAGAUUAAACUUUGAUGCUGUCUGUGGCUCUGCUUCAUUACAUUUGGCGCCGUUCAAUGAGCUUUUUGACGAAGUCUUCGCCACUUGGAUUCAAAGUAAACAUCAACAUGCCUCAACAAAACUUCAAAGAAUACUGUUUGAUUCUUGUGGAUUACAUACUUCACUUGAAGCCCUUUGGCAAAUUUAUUUCAUGGCUGAUGGUGCUUGUAGUUCUGCAUUUACCUAUCCUCUGUUUGAUAAACUGGACACCCUCGAUACUUCCUGGAGUGACCGGUUUACUCUUACCGAGCUUUGCAGUAGUGCUUUUGGGCAUUUGCCAUCUGUCAAUAUCGAUCGUCUUCGAACAAAGGUACUGCCAUUGUCCCAAAAGAAUCAAGACAUUAGCAAAUGUCGAAAAACGGUCAAGGUUUUGGCGAUCAUAGAACUACAAUACCGCCUUCCCUGGCCCAUACAGAUAAUUGUCACACCUGCGGCAAUAGCUAUGUAUCAACGAAUAUUCACAUUUCUCUUCCAACUUCGACGAAGCUCCCACAUUCUCACUCGACAAAGACUCGUCACCGAUUUACUCACAACAACAAGUAGUUCUGAUGAACGCGCCUUAUACUAUUCGUUACGAAAUGGGCUUCAAUGGUUUGUUCAGGCUCUUUACUACUACAUAACAUGUCUUGUAUUGGAGCCAGCAUCACUCAAAAUUCAAAAUGCACUAAAGGAAGCGGUAGACAUUGACACCAUGAUCGAGGUUCAUUCCACGUAUAUCAAAUCUACAGUCGGACAAGCUUUACUGGGCGCCAAACUAGGGCUUAUCCAUAAAACUAUCCUCAAAACACUCGACCUAGCAAUCAAACUUGAGGAUGCGCAGGCGGCUAAUGCAUCAGCGAGUAAAGAAGCAAAUGAACAGCAACAGAAUAUGAUGGAUAUGUCCAUGGCUAGUCUGGGGUUACAUACGCCGCAAAAAUUUCGAUCGAGGCCAAGUCUGAAGUUCUCUCGAACUCCUAGGUUCAAAGAUGAGAGUUCUGAUGAGGAUGAGGACAAAGAAGUGGACGUUGAUUUGAGUAUUUUCUCCAUGUCGAUGCUUCAAGACGAGAGGAAAAUGUCGUAUGCGGAGCAGUUGAGGGAUAUGAAAGAGGAAUUCGAGAGGGCUGUUAGGUUUGUGAGUAGUGGGUUGAGGGGCGUUGCGAGGGCUGGAUUGGGCGAUGAGGCAAGGAAUUGGGAUCUUUUGGCCGAGACUUUGGAGCUUGGGUUUGGGGAUGUUGCGGGCAUGAGUAGGGUGUUUUGAGUUCUAGAUACGGGUAGAUAUAUGAAUUAGGAAGAUCACUAUGACUCUCGAACCAUAUCAAUUGGGGGUAAGCGGUAUUAUCCUUGUUGUUCUGAUCGUGAUAGACCUUCUUGAGUAUUCUG